CGCUCUGGAUAAGAGCGUCUGCUAAAUUACUAAAAUGUAAAAGUUAAAAUCUGACUGAGAAGAGAUUCCGUGACGAUGAGUUAGGGACCAGAUGACGCAGAGGACGUGAACGCGAUUGGUCGACAGUCUGCUGGGUGGGGCGUUAAACGUUCCUCCAUUCAUUGCCCAAUGGGAUUCCUAUCUCCUCCUUUCUCUAAUAUCUCUGGUAUGGGUAGCUGCAACCCAAUAUGGCGACCUGGGUCUGGGCGAGUGGGUGUGUCGAAAGGAUACUGGGAUGUUGCCACCCCCUUCUCAAUGAAAGAGCGAGAGGGCCGGGGGGUUGGCUGUGGAGAUUGGGACCCUCAAGGCUCAAUAGUACAUUGAAACUGGCUGGGAAACAUCCGACUGGGAGGUGGGAUCAUGGAGACAGUGGAACACGUUCUAUUUCGGUGCCAGAAAAAUGGGAGGGAAAGGGAGCGAUUGUUAUUGGAUUUGAAGAGCAAUGGGGUUGAAGAGCCAAGAUUAAGUGAACAGCUGGGUAAAUCUUCAGGGGAUGUAUUGGGUAGGAUUUAGACCUUCCCUGUCUCUGGUCCACACUACAGUCCAGUUGGUAGCUGUAAUGCGCAUGAAAAUUGGUUGCCAACCGCCAUAAAAAGAAAUCAGCAGAAGUAGUGGUUGUGGGAGUGACGCACAUUUGAGUGAUAGCCAAUUGGACCAAUCUUUGUUCUCGGAAGGCUGGCUUUCCGGAAAAUGUCAGCGGCAGCCGAGUGAGGUUCCUGUGCACGGUUUAGAGCGAUAACCUAGCAAAUUCAUACUAUCCAGUUGCACCAGUAGGUCUCUCUCUGCAGAGCUGCGGGUGUACCGGGACGCUGCCGUGAGUAUGGCGGACAGGGAGGAGAGGCGCUUCGCUGAAGUCCCCAGAGAGUCUGUCAAACUCAUGGCCGAGAGUGCAGGAGUGGAACUCAGCGACGAUGUGGCUGCUUUGUUGGCUGAAGAUGUCUGCUACCGGCUUAGGGAAGCCACACAGAGCAGCUCUCAGUUCAUGAGACAUGCCAAGAGGAGGAAGCUGACAGUAGAGGACUUCAACAGAGCACUGCGCUGGAGCAAUGUGGAGGCCAUAGCUGGCUACGGUGCGCAAGAUGCCCUACCUUUCCGACCGAUCAAGGAGGGCGACCUAUUCUUCGUGGAGGACCGUGAUAUCAACCUGGUUGAACUUGCCCUUGCCACCAACAUACCCAAGGGCUGUGCAGAGACCAUGGUGCGAGUGAAUGUGUCUUAUCUGGAUGGGAAAGGCAACCUGGAGCCUCAAGGUACAGUUCCCAGUGCUGUACAAACUCUCUCUGAGGAUCUGCUCAAGUACUACCAACAGAUCACCCGGGCCAUACUAGGAGAGGACCCACACCUUAUGAAGGUGGCUUUGCUGGAUCUCCAGUCCAACUCCAAGAUUGCUGCCCUCCUGCCAUAUUUUGUAUAUGUCAUCAGUGGGGUGAAGUCUGUGAGCCACGACCUGGAGCAGCUGAACCGUCUGCUGCACAUGGUGAAGAGUCUUGUGCAGAAUCCCUACCUGUACCUUGGCUCCUAUGUGCGCAGCCUGGUGUCCAGCGUCAUGUACUGCAUCCUGGAGCCGCUGGCCGCCUCCAUCAACCCCCUCAAUGACCACUGGACCUUAAGGGACUACGCAGCGCUGCUGCUCAGCCACAUCUUCUGGACCCAUGGAGACCUGGUCAGUGGUCUGUACCACCAGAUUCUGCUGUCUCUGCAGAAGGUUCUGUCAGACCCGGUCCGCCCGCUGUGUUCUCACUAUGGAGCUGUAGUGGGGCUACACGCACUCGGAUGGAAGGCUGUUGAGCGAGUGUUAUAUCCUCACCUGCCAGCUUACUGGGCUAACCUGCAAGCUGUCCUGGAUGAUUACUCAGUCUCCAAUGCCCAGGUGAAAGCAGAUGGACACAAGGUCUACGGAGCCAUCCUGGUGGCGGUGGAGCGCCUGCUGAAGAUGAAAGCUCUGUCUCUGUCCCAGCCAAGGGAGGGGAGCGGCAGCACCCAGCCGGGCUCUGGUGGCGUGAUGGGUUUCAGGGUGAGUUCCCCCGGGCUCAGCCCCCCUCCAGAGCCCCUCUCCGAGGCCGCCCUGGGCAUCGCCAGCCACCUGCAGGGACCUGGGGGGGCCGGCACCCCCUGGGAUGACUGGACCCCCGUCCCCUUGCCCGCCAUGUACUGUGAGCUCUACUCCUUCUUCGGCGACAGCCUGGCGGUGCGCUUCAGCACGGGCCCCAGCUUGGGAGGUUUCCCCCCUUCAGCCCCCUCCCAGCCCCCUGAUACGAGGAAGGAGCCCCCUGGUCCCGCUGCCAACCCAGACACCACGCGCAAGAUGCCCCAGCUCACUGCUAACCUCAACAUCAGCCCCCGGCAAGACGGGAGCCCUCGCACCGAGCCCGCCCCACCCAGUCUAGCUGCCACUGCUCCAGGAAGGUCCCUGGCGCGCUCUUCCUCCUCAUCCUCCAUCCAGCGCAGAAACUCCUCCUCCCGGCCGGGACAGCGCUCAGCGGGUCCAUCCCGCGACGUGUUCACCAAGGCCCGUUUCCCCCCUCCUCAUCCCGGACCCCCCACCUUCUCCUUCCUCAUCGGGGGGCGUCAGAUGGGCCGGCGCUGCCAGGGGCGCCGCUUCCAGACCAGCUUCAGCCCUCCCCCACCCCUGUCCACCGUACCGCCCCGUGCCUACGCCCACAAGCUGCCCGUCAUCGGGAGGGUGGGCAAGCCAGUGCGCCGCUGGACCUGCUCCCACUACUCCCUGCACCUGCCCCUCUGAGAGAAAAGAGAGACUAUGGUUGAGGGUCAAGGGUCAAGGCCUUAGAACAUGCUGAGGCUACCUCACUGCUCAGUAGUGCAGGUGGAGUUCCCUAUAUCCUCCCUCCCUAUACAGCCUGUGACAUAAGAGGUAGACUAUGCCUAGAGGAUAAGCACAUUAGGCGGGAGGGACCCUACUGGAGCCACAUAAGAGAGACUGACUCACAUACACCACUCCAAGCCCUAAUGCUGCUUUCAAAACAACUGGGAACUUGGAAAUCUCCCACUUCAGUGCGUCCAAGACAGCUGGGAACUCCAUUUUUUUUGUCCAAGACAACUGGGAACUCAAUUUUUUUGUUGUUGAUCCGACUGUGAAAACUCGUUUUUAAUGGUCAUCAACUCGGAAUUCCAAUUCAGAAACUCGGGCAUCGUUCUAGAGCUCAGAUUUUCCAACCUGAAAAUCACUGACGUCAUGAUUUGACCUUGUUUUUUCCUGAGUUCCCAGUUGUCUUGAAAGCACCAUAAGGACACAGGAUAGAAUACUAGUUUGACAACUUCAGACUGUCUGGGGUGUGUUGAAUAGUGGAAUCCAUGGACAUGGAAGGAGCAUUCACACGAGCUGAGAUCUUGACACCAUGUGAGAUAACAUCUUAAAACAUGGACAAUGUAUUUUCUACUAUGUACCUGAGAGUAAUUUUGCCAUCCUGUACAUGUAUAUAGACGAUAGCCAAUAUCCUAAAAUAAAUAUUCUUACAAUAUUA